AUGAGCUCCUAUACCGUUCUUGUAGCAUUUUUCGCCGUUGCAUUAGCCAGUGUGAUAUUUUGGUUCGUGGCUCCCAAAGAAAACCGAACCGUCUGGAGAAGUACGGUUAUUUUGUCGAUGGCCAUGAUGUUUUUGAUGUGGGCUUUCACCUACCUUGCGCAGUUACACCCAUUGGUAGCACCACGUCGGUCUGAUUUGAGACCUGAGUUCGCUGAAUGA